UGUACGUGCAAAUACGUGAUUCGCCAAUCGUGUGCGUGUAAGCCGCGUCUUUCUUCUGGCAGCACUGAUUUGCGGGACUGUGCAAGACUAGCGAAAUCAGGCGAUCAGAUAACAAGUUUCGAAGAAGUCUUCGAAGGAAUAAAGUAUCACAAGAAUUAUCUAAAUAAGCAGAGAGAAUGCCUCUAGAAGGUGAAGAAGAGUCUGAAUCCAAUAUGUAUAAUUUAGUGCACCAAUUUCUGCAUCAGCAGUACCAACAUCAAAAACUACAACAUGAGCAACAGUUACUGAUGCAACAACUUCUGCAGCAAUUGAUUCAACAGGAACAACAACAACAAGAGUCGCAAGAACAGGAGCUACAACAAACAGUUCAGGAACCGCAAUUAGAAAAAGAAGUGUCUGAGGAAACAGGAACAAUGCUGUUAAAAAAUAAGGAAAAGUUCAUGUCCGAUAUUUACAAUUUAGUGCAGCAGCUGCUGCUAAUACAGCAGAAACAGCAAGAGGUACAAGAACAACAGAUAUUACUGCUGCAACAAUUGUUUCAGCAGAAACAACAACAGGAACUGCAACAACAGCAGUUACAACAACAGCAGUUACAACAACAGCAGUUACAACAACAGCAGCAACAGGAGUUAUUACCAAAGUUUCAGGGACCGCAAAUAAAAAAUUUUAAUCAAAGAGGCAAAGGUGGUGGGCGUUCGCGGGCUCGCUGGUACAGACGGAGGGGCCUUUAUAAUAGAAGCUUCCACAGUAUAACCAAUAUAACUAUAAUGAAAUAAGAGAAAGAUCAAAGAGUUCAAGAAACUAUC